CUAGAUACUUAUGCAGUUGAAUAAUGUGACUGAAACAAGAUUUCUGCUGUGUUUCACCUUGAUUUCUUCUCUUUUCUCAGGUGGCUCGCUAGCUGCUGAUUCCAAACCAGGAUAUGUUACUUGUUCACUGCCGCUAACAAUGACCAUGACCCUUCACACAAAAACCUCUGGUGUUGCCUUGUUGCAACAGAUACAAGGCACUGAACUAGAGACACUGAGCAGACCUCAGCUGAAGAUUCCCCUGGAUCAACCGCUCGAAGAAAUGUAUGUGGAGAGCAACAAAACUGGGAUUUUUAACUACCCAGAAGGCACAACUUAUGAUUUUUCCACCACUACACAACCAGUGUAUAGCUCAACCGGACUCAAUUAUGCGCCUACAUCGGAAACAUUUGUGUCUAACAGCCUGGGAACUUUUCCUUCUCUGAAUAAUGUUCCUCCUAGCCCUGUUGUGUUUUUACAGACGGCACCACAGCUCUCACCUUUUAAUCAUCACAACCAGCAGAUACCGUACUACCUUGAGAAUGAAUCUGGAAACUUUUCAAUGAGAGAAACUGCUCCCUCAGUUUUCUACAGGCCAGGCUCAGAUAACAGACGUCACAGUGGCAGACAGCAAAUGGCUUGUACCAGUGACAAGGGAAGCUUGUCCAUGGAAUCUGGCAAGGAGACCCGCUUCUGUGCUGUAUGCAAUGAUUAUGCUUCAGGCUACCAUUACGGCGUUUGGUCCUGCGAGGGCUGCAAAGCUUUCUUCAAAAGAAGUAUCCAAGGUCACAAUGACUACAUGUGUCCUGCUACCAACCAGUGCACUAUUGAUAAGAACAGAAGGAAAAGCUGCCAGGCGUGUAGGCUACGAAAAUGCUAUGAAGUUGGAAUGAUGAAAGGUGGGAUUCGGAAAGACCGCAGAGGUGGCCGUAUGCUGAAACACAAGCGACAAAGAGAUGAGCAUGAUGGCAAGCUUGGAGGGGUUGCAUUUGAGCCUAGAAGCCCAACUCUCUGGCCAAGCCCCCUGAUGAUUAAGCAUACCAAGAAAAAUAGUCCAGCCCUGACUUUGACUGCAGACCAGAUGGUCAGUGCCUUGCUAGAUGCAGAACCUCCUGUCGUCUAUUCAGAGUAUGAUCCUAACAGGCCUUUCAGUGACGCUUCUAUGAUGUCACUGUUGACUAACCUUGCUGACAGAGAGCUGGUUCAUAUGAUCAACUGGGCCAAAAGGGUGCCAGGUUUUGUGGAUUUAGCACUCCAUGAUCAGGUACAUCUACUGGAAUGUGCUUGGUUAGAGAUACUGAUGAUUGGCUUAUGCUGGCGCUCAGUGGAACACCCUGGAAAGCUGCUGUUUGCUCCAAACCUAUUAUUGGACAGGAAUCAAGGGAAGUGUGUUGAGGGCUUGGUGGAAAUAUUUGAUAUGCUGCUGGCCACUUCUUCUCGUUUUCGAAUGAUGAAUCUUCAGGGGGAAGAAUUUGUGUGCCUUAAAUCCAUCAUUCUACUCAAUUCUGGCAUCUAUACAUUUCUUUCCAGCAGCUCAAGAUCACUAGAAGAAAAAGACCAUAUUCAUCGUGUGCUAGAUAAAAUCACAGAUACCUUGACCCAUUUGAUGGCCAAAUCAGGUCUCUCUCUGCAGCAACAGCAUAGACGAUUGGCUCAGCUUCUCCUCAUCCUUUCUCACUUUCGGCACAUGAGCAAUAAGGGAAUGGAGCACCUGUACAGCAUGAAGUGCAAGAAUGUGGUCCCUCUUUAUGAUUUAUUGCUGGAGAUGCUAGAUGCCCACCGUCUGCAUGCCCGGGCCACACGGAGCACACCGCAGGGAGAAGAGGAGCCUAUGAAUCAACUGGCAACCACAUCCACUUCAAUGCAUUCCUUGCAGCCUUGCUAUGUGAACAAAAUGGAAGAUGAGAAUGAGUAGCAAGCAUUAUGAGAGUCCCCAUUUCAAACAGCCUAUUGGUUUCUGAGAAUCCCAUCAGAAAGCUAUUUACUUCAGGCUUAGCUGAACUGGUACCAUGUCUGUAAGCACUCCAAUGCUCACCAGUCACCAGUGAUCCCCCAAACAUUGCUUACAGAGAUCCUUAGUGGAGGAACAUUUAUCAUUCUGGAUAUACUAUAAGGACUCAAAAAUAAUUAUCAGUGCCAGUUGGUAAACCCACUCACUUGGUGACACUUGGUAAACCCACUCAAGAGGAUUCCUGUAGCAGAAUGAGAAUUUGGGUACCAGUGACCAUUUCCUUUCACUCAUUUGGACAAAGAUCCCAGCUGAGUUUGAGUAGGUGAUGUUUACAUGUAAAGUUUAUUGGCUGUUAGUGAACCACAAGAUUUCUAUAUGAAAUUCACUAAAGACAAUAAUAUUGAAAAUCUUAUCCAUCAUUCAAGACACACACACACACACACACACACACACCCCAUUUAGCAUUUCGUUCUGGAUUUUUCUUCAUUUACAAAAUGGUUGAAAAAUAACCAGAUAAAUUUUAUCUUGUGAAAGAAACUAUUCAGGAGAACUAAAAGUUCUGAUCUCAACAAGAAAUUCAUCAAAUAAUUUUAGGGAAUAACAAUAGGUAUUAGGUUGCUGUGGUACCCCAGUUCUUUGUUCUACCAUUACAGGGCUUAUCCUAGUCAAAAUGGAGAAGCCAUUUUAUGCUUACAUGAACAAUUGUUGGAUCAGAGUCAGCUGUCUACAUCACAUUAUCAAAAUGAAUGGGUAUAUUAACUAUUACAGUCUGGUCCAAAGGAUUUUGAUAUAGUUGUCAGUGAGUUACCGUUGCAUUGACAAUUGAAGGAGAUUUAGCCACUAAUUGGGAUUUUGGUAUAGAACAAUUGCAUAUCACCCAAAGGUAUUCUGGGGAAAUAAAUCAUAUGCAUAAACUAAUAGAUAUAGUCCAGUUGAUACACAACUGAGAGACUGUGUCCCCUUCCGCACAUGCAGAAUAAUGCACAUUCAAUCCACUUUCACAACUGUUUGAAAGUGGAUUUUGCUAUUCUGCACAGUAAAAUCCAGCUUCAAAGUGCAUUGAAAGUGGAUUAAAAGUGCAUUAUUCUGCAUGUUCAAAAGGGGCCUAAGUGGUGUUUUCCUGUUGCUACAUCCCACAACCAGUGGCAUAAAUGUGUUUGUGUGUGUGUGUUUCGGGGCAAGGGGAGAUCACGUGAGAAGCUCUGACACAAGGGCUACUGGCCCUCAGGGAGAUAUUUUCUCAUGUGACUCACCUGUUCACUUGAUUUUGCCAUUUAUAUUGGUAACAGAGCAGCAUGAAUGCAGUCAAUAGAAAGGUGCCCCAUUCCUCCUUGGGCGUGGAAUGACUUGGGCUUUUUUUUAACAAAAAAGAUGACAUUCUAACUAUUGUGCUGUUUCAGCCAUUGUAGGUCUGUUUAACUCAAUCAGUACUGCACAGGUAGAUAAUUGUUCAAAUUCUUUUGGUAACAAUAACAUAAGUGAUGCCUCUUGUUCGUAUUGUAUAGUCCUCAGUAUACAAAAAGUAUAGCUGAACUCUGUUUUGAGAAACCACUUGCAGACAAAAGAGUAAGGAGAGCAAACAACACUUUGUGUUGUGCUGCACCAGAGUUUGCUGUUUGCCCGUGCACCAACUAUCCCUAACCAGAGUGGCAAGCUUACAUGGAGGGAGGCAGAAAGUACUGAUGUACGCUGGUGACCUCUUGAUGAUUCUCUUAUAUAUUGGCCUUCCCAUUUGCCCAGAAAAAGCAGUAAAAGACUAACGUGAAUAGUUUUCAUCUCGUCUUAAUUUAACUAUAUGCUCACCAGUGCCUGUAUCUCAAGCUUCAUUUCCAAUGGCCUUGCUUUUUAUUAACGCAGCAAAGUAUUGGUCUUUCUGUGUAUUAAAUAUGUUUUUAAUAGUCUGCUCUGAAAUUACCCAAAAACUAUUGGGGGCUACUAAGUGCCUUGUCUAAAAUUGACAUGUUUAUUUUAAAGUGCCCAUGUCAUAAUUUAUUUCUGUGUUACUGAUACCGUUGUGUGUGUAGCAUUGCAUAAAACAAGAAACAAACAUUUAUGCGAGCCUACAAUUAAGGUAAGGACCCUGUACUGUCCAUUUAUAUCAUAGUACUUAUAACAUCAGAUACAAUUCAGUGCCCUGUUCUUACAGUGGAAUACUUUUAGCUAUUUCCUUAUAUUUUCAUUCCCACCACCCUUUAUGAGCCACAAGAGUUUCCUCAUUCUCUUUAAUGGAACUAGUAAACCUGCUGAAGGGAAUCAAAGAGUUAAAUACCUGCUAGCAGUUCCUCCAUUAAAAGGAUAGGGGAAGCCUUUUUAGGCCCAAGAGUUCCCUGCAUUUCUUCAGUACCAACAGAACUCUGAUUUGGGGAUGGUAUGUACAAUAGAAUCAAGAUGUAAUUGAUCUACAUAUCUAGCAACUGCUGUAGUUCUCCCAAAUAAUAGCCCAAAUUAUUUAAAUAGAUUUGAGCUCGUUUUUUGGUAAUUUACCAAGCAUUAAUUUUAGCAGACCUGCUAAAAUGGUUUUGGCAUGGGAAAUAAUACAAGCAAGUAUGCUGAGGCGGGGGGGGGGGGGGGGUUUAACAACAACAACCAACCCUGUGAUUCUCUACCCCUUCCUUUAAUCUUUAAAUAUAUAUCUUUGACAAGUCCAGUUUUGGAAUUCAAAAGGAGAAAUAUGCUGCUUUCUAUUAAAUUUCUUAAACUUAAAGAAAAAUGCUAGAUGUCAAAAUAUAUUGUUCAUUUGUUGAAAGCAUCAUUUUAUCAUUAUUAUCGAAAGCACCUUAAAUAACGUGUGCGCUUGUGUGCCUACAAAUACAUACGUGCCAAGCUCACCUGUCAGACAAUUGAAUGUAUCCGUGUUCUACUUACCCAGUCAACAGACUAAAACACAAAGUCACAUUUCAUCGUUAUACUUUUCAGCUAUCUUCUCUUGUAUGCAAUCAUUUGUGCCUAAGGUUUAGUGAUUGUUAGGAGUUCCUAUUUCAUAUAGAUUUUUAUAUUUAUGAUAGUCAAGCCAGCACUAACUUAGAAAGCCAAGUACUAAAUGCAAGGAAACUAUCCUUUAACAAAGGAAAGUCAUUUGAGGCAGCUAAUUAUACUUUUUACCAAAAUAUUAGUAAUACUGUCUGUGAAUGGUAUCUAAGGGAACAAGGAUUGUUCUUUUUAGAUGUUUGUACUUAAAUUUAAAACAACAAAAACACUACAGAAGUAUAGGAAAUGAAAUAUGACUAUGUGCCAAAUCAGAAUAGAUCUGAUUAACUUGCCUUAUCUCAGUAAAGAGACUUACUGUAGAGAACAAUAAGGGAUUGCAGUGGAAGUCACUUUCCCCUCUUUUGGGGCAUAAGUCUUAUGAUCCUCAAUGGGUAACAAAGCCAUUUUUGUAGUUAGUGUGACAUUGUGCACCCUUCCUCAGGAGAAUCUCCCCUUGCGGACAGUCACCAUCACCCAGUCAUCUCUACUGAGUGGUAGGGAAAUGGCUUUUCUGUAGGCCCAACACAUCACUGUGUGCUUGCUCUAGACACAGAACAUAAGUGCAGAUCUGGUGCUCUGCCUUCUACAUGAUAAUGGACUAGGUGCUGGGAUUUGUGUGGAGCCCUGGAGCAGAACAGGUACUGUUCAGUGCAGUGCAAACUACCAAUCUUCUCUUCCAGAUUGCCCAGCAGUAUUUCAGUCCAAAGAUGCAUUUGUUUUUGCAGUUUAUUACUGGCGGGAAUGCUCAUCCACAUCAAACUAUCAUACAUACUAUAGAUUAGACACAGUCCUGUUCUGUAUGUUCUGGAACAGGCCUGCUAUGGAAAAGCAACAAUUACAGCUCCAGCUCCCUGACACUUCUGUGCAUGACAGCUUUUGCCAUUGCAGAGGUGAUUAAAAGAUUAGUUCAGUCUUAAAAUAUUUUGGAUGAUGGGAGCUGCAUUUCUUUUUUUAACAUGUUGCUAACACUUUGAGCCAAAAAAACCCAGCACAAUCUGCCUAAUUUUUCCAGACAAUUCCCAUUAACAUCUCACUAUUAAAAAGUUAGGUGGUUUCCGCACAGCCAAGGGAGAGACCCUGGAUCGGCAUUAAUCAUGCUGAUGCAGGCUAUGGAGCUGUUUGCACAAACGGCC